CUGUACGUCAGCACGCACGCCGUACGUCACCGCGCACGCCCGGCGCAUGCACAGCACCGCCCUCUUCGGCCGCGCGCUGCGUUCUGUGAGGAAGCGUUGAGCCCCCUUCCCACCAUGCAGCUCUUCGUCCGCGCCCAAACCCUCCACACCAUCGAGGUCUCCUCCUCUGAGACCGUCGCCCAAAUCAAGGAGCGGAUCGCGGCGCUGGAAUCCAUCGCUCCGGAGGACCAGGUGCUGCUCUUUGGUGGGAGCCCAUUGGAGGAUGGAGCUGUGCUGGAACGCAGCGGUGUUCCCGAAUUCUCUACUCUGGAAGUGGCUGCCCGGCUGCUGGGGGGUACGUAUGGGGCCCCUCCCCUCCCCCAGGUGGCCAAACAGGAGAAGAAGAAGAAGAAGACGGGCCGUGCCAAGCGGCGCAUGCAGUACAACCGGCGCUUCGUCAACGUGGUGCCCACCUUUGGCAAGAAGAAGGGCCCCAACGCCAACUCCUAAAGGCAAUAAAUGGAGCCCCUGCUGGCAAAUCUGGGGUGUCUUUGGGGGGGUUUGUCAACAGGUUGGGAGGUGGAAAGCUUCGGUUUUUAACCCAAACCCGUGGGAUUUGGCACAGAACAUCGUUGGAGGACCUAGAACCUUUGGAAGGGACUUAACAGGGAGUCCUAGCGGCAAUAAAUUUGACCCAUCCUGGCAGAA